AUGACCUGCUGCACAUGUGGCACAGGAUGCUGCCAAGGACGGCAAGAUGGUGAUGGCUCAGAAGAACGACCGGUGUGUGGUGGCCAUGCCGUGUGCGCCGUGGGCUACGAUGACUUCCAGCAGUGCUUCAUCGUACGGAACUCCUGGGGCGAGGACUGGGGUGACCAGGGCUACUUCUACAUGCCCUAUGAGUACAUUUGCCACCCCCAGCUGGCACAGGACUUUUGGGCGAUCAAUUUGGGUGGAAGGCUUCAAGGAUUGCGCACCCAACAAGUGAGGAAGACGCAGGGAGAGAAUCAGAAGGACCGCUUCCGCUUUGCAGUGGAUUGUAGAAUUUUUCCGUGGUUGAUGGUCUCAUCAGUUUGCGGUUGA